AUGAACGUCAAGAGUAGUCACGGAAGGAUUUCUAACGAGCCCCGCCAGCCAGCCGACGACCCCAACUUCCACUCCAUUCUCGACAACCCUCCACAGCUCGUGCGCACCGGCCGCCGCCACGGCCCGGGUCUACUCGUCCUCGCCAUCAUCCCCAUCACGGCCUUCGCGCUGGGCACCUGGCAGGUCUACCGGCUGCAGUGGAAGACGGACCUCAUCGCCAAGUGCGAGGACCGCCUUGUACGGGAGCCUUUACCCCUGCCGCCGCGUGUCGAUCCGGAUGCCAUUGGUGACUUCGACUACAGGCGUGUCGUCACGCGUGGCCGCUUCCGGUACGACCAGGAGAUGCUGAUCGGGCCGCGGAUGCGGGAUGGCGAGCAAGGGUACAUGGUCGUAACACCGCUUGAAAGGGAGGACGGGAGUACGGUGUUGGUAAACAGGGGGUGGAUAUCGAAGCGGCUGGGGGACAGGAGGAAGAGGGCGAGGGAGUCGAUGCCGCAGGGGGAAGUGGUGGUGGAAGGGCUGCUGAGGGAGCCUUGGAAGAAGAACAUGUUCACGCCUGAUAAUAGGCCGGACAAGAGCGAGUUCUAUUUCCCCGAUGUGAAGCAGAUGGCCGAGUUGACGGGGGCACAGCCGGUUUGGAUUGAAGCCACGAUGGACCCGAAUUAUAUGCAGGUCAUGGAGUACGAAGCCAAGGGCAUUCCUCUGGGAAGACCUGCAGAGGUCAACCUGAGGAACAACCACGCCCAGUACAUCUUCACUUGGUAUAGUCUGUCCCUCGCUACAGCUAUAAUGUUGUGGAUGGUUAUCAAAAAGCCGCCAUCCGAGGUGGCCAAGCGCGUUCGUAAAAAUACGCAGUGGUAG